AGUGAGUACCGAAGUGCCGGCCCGCGCGGACGCUUUGCACUUACCCUGUUGCUGGUUGAGCAAGACCUGUAUACGAUUAAGUAGGAGUCAGAGCAGGACGCAGCAACUCGACGCUCGAUUUCAACAGGCUGACCGAGAACGGGAUACAAUGUGCUACUUCAGCAUAAUAGUUAUUAUAUUUGACUUCGACGAUUGGUUGUGAAUAGUUUUUUCAACAAUGGAGCCACGUGUUGUGAAAUUAUCUAUACUACUUUCAUUUUAUUUAUCUGGAAUCACAAUAGUGGCAGGCAUGUCAGACGUCUGGGUGGAAUUGCGAGCGCCGCGCUUCGUCGUACACCGCCACAGCGCCGUUCUUCGUUGCGAGCACAAUGUUGAUCCAGAGUCCCUAUACAAGGUGGUGUUUUUUAAGCAUGGCCAAAGGAUAAUGAAGUAUGUACGCGGCCGAGAUCCACCUUUUGAACUUUACAAUUUCACUGGUGCUGAUAUAAAUUUAAUACAACUAACGCCUACUUCGAUAACACUGGAGAGAAUGGACUUUUCAGCAUCGGGUUCAUACGCUUGCGAGAUAGCACUGGAGACACCUUUGUAUUCCAAAGUAUCUAAAUUGCAUGAAUUAAAUGUCAUAGUCCGCCAGAAAUACCGUCCAAAAAUAAAAAUUAAACACAAGAAGUUGUCGUCCAACGAGAAUCUAGAGGCAACAUGUCAAAGUGCACCCGCUCAUCCAGCCCCACAUCUUACGUGGUUCAUAAACCAUAUGAAGGUGGAUGAAAGGCUAAUCGAACCGCACGGCACUUGGAACGUCCAUCGUCACCACCAUGGUAUGCCACUGUCCUUGACCAACUCCUCGCUUCACUUCCCACUAUCAAGUCUACAGCUGUUUCCCAAUCAGACCGUUGAAAUCACCUGCCUCAGCACGAUACCCAGCUAUGCUAAUGUCGGCGAAGGUUUCGCCGAUCUCCAAAAUCAUACGGUUACUGUGAAUGUAAUACGUAUGGAACCACCACCCACUCAACUUCCCGUUAAGAUCAUCAGCCCUGAGCAAAACUCAUCGAAUCGCUGCGAACUUCGACGUGCGCUAAUUGUGCUGUGCUAUUUAGUGUACUAUUUUAUCAACCGGUAUUGAAUGUGCAACUGUGUAAAAAAUAGAAGAAAUAUGAAUUACUUGUCGUUUAAAUGUGUCCGUAUUCAAUGACCAGCUUUGUUUCCACAUUAGGUAUUGUAGAUUUUCUGUUUUUUAUUUCAAUUUAAGCAAUCGUUUGAUUGUUUCUGUAGGACUUUUCAUUCCAUUUUUAGUCGCUUUAUAUCUACUUGACCCCUAAUGUAUCUAUGUAUGUAUGAAUGUAAUGGAAUUCCGUAAUUCAGUUUUCAGCCACUCCCAGACGUUGAAAUGAUCUAAAAUUUUGCAGAGGUAUUAAGAUCCGAUGACAAUACAAUAAUUCAAUGACUAUGGCUUGGUGUUCUCAGUAUGAUCAUUACAGUUCAUGAUGAAAUCGUGUUGUUUAAUGUUUCUUAAACUAUAAUAUUAUUCAAUUGAGUUAUUUACUGCUAUAAAGAACAAUUAAUACAUGUUAUUCUAACCUUGCUUAAUUUAUACAAAUUUACUAUUUAUUUAGGAAAAGUUUGAAAUUGGAUCACUUAAAUACCUUUGUUGAUGUUGUCAAUACUCGUUAUUAAAUUUGUGUACAUCUGAUUAUGAUUAAAGGCAAAAGAAUAAACCUUAAUUAUUUCGUCAGGUUCCAAUAUAAAUGAUUUAUCCACAUGUAUUAAAUAUAAUUUACGGUAUUUUUAUAUUAUUUUUGUAUAGCUGUAAAUUGAAUAAUUUUUAAGAGAAAGAAGCGACAACUAACAUACGAUUAAUUGUAAGAAUAAUUAUUGAGUUAUGAGCUUUUAUUUGGUACUUCUCUUAUUAAAAUCGGUGGCAAAAUUUCGAUUACUAUAUUAAAUGUUCCUUUUGAUUUUAGAGUAACAUUCAAUUUUAUUUUUAAUUUUUCUAUUGAAUUGUAAAUAUGUAUUCAAAGUAAUACCAAAACUAACCUGCAAUAUUCUUAUCAUUGUGACAACUAUUUCCGAUAUUGCUAUUUGAAUUACUUUUUCUCCGGAGUAGCCGAUUCUUUUAAGCUUUAUUUCUAUAUUUUAAACGCUUCGUUUUCUUUUACGGGUCGUUUUGCAGAGAACGAAAGUUUUUUUUUUGUUACGGAGAACGAAACGUUUCUUGAAUAUAGAAGUCGGGUAUUAUACCGCCACUACUCGGUAUACAGACUCUAAUGCAUACAUCGAUUAUUAAAUCAACAUUGUAAUGUUUAUAUUUAUGCAUAUUAUGAUUGACCAUUCUUGUUUCUUUGAUCAAACGUCGAAGACGUUUAAGUUAUGACAGUCAAAUAUUCGUUAAUUGCCUACGAUCAAACUAAUUUCUUUAGCCAUUAUAAAAAGAUUCGUUGUUUUAAGCAAAUUACUGUUAAUUAUAUUCUAUUUAUUUAAAAAAUAAGGCAAACUUACGAUGUUAAAGCAGUGCUACCUACCAAAACCGCUUUCAGGUCAAACUAGCUUUUCCUGGGCUAAGCCAGAUUUACCUAAGCCCGAAAGUAUCAAUCAGAUGUCGCUGAUAUAACUUAAUAGGUGCUUUUGUAUUUUGACAUGUUCAUUUACUAGUCUUACGAUAUAAUAUUAAUUUUAAUAUAUUUCUUAGUAUCAUGUAGGAAAGCAUAUAUGUUACCCGCAAUAUCCGAUUUUAGGAAGAAGUUAAACCAGCAGAAAUGAAUUUUAAAAAAUGUUAAUUUAUCUAUCCUAUGCUAGUGUAUGAGUUUAAUAAAGUAUAUAACUUUUCUAACAUAUUUAAGUAAAAAGUCAUUAUCAUUUUUAAUUUGUUUUAUUCUUUAUGAUUAAGAAAAUAUAAGUGUAACACUGUUGCGUUUAUUUUAUAUAUUUACGUGCAAUUAUAAGACUGACGUAGAAAUAUAGUUGUGAUCAUCUUGAUAAUUUCUUAGAAAAUGAAAAUUUUAUGUACAUGUCUUCAGUAGCUUAAAGAGAUCAUUUUGUUUUUUAUUCUAAAAUACAGAUUUAAUAAGUCCCUAUCAAAGGCAAUACUUUGGUCAAUGAUACAUGUACAUGAAUUUUGUUCCAUAUUAUAUUCUUUUAACAAUUAUCAAAAACUUCAUCAAUUUUCUUACGUUUAGUCGGUAUCAGUUCAUCUUUAAAAUAAAAUAUAAUUUCAUUUGAGCAUACAUUUUUUAUCAAUUUAUUAAGUAAAUUGUGACUCUUGAACUUUUUUUUUUAAAAUCUUGUACUCUAAAAGCAGUGAAAUUCGUUUAACACAUAAACCAUGUAAAUACUUAUAUAACAUAUUAAAUAACAUGAGUCGUGAACUAUCGAUACUGUAAAGCAACUUUAAAUUUUUAUAUAAUAUUAUGUAAUUUAUUAUUUACAUUAAAAUGUGAAAAGAAAAGUAGGACCUCCUACUUUAUAACGAUUGAUGCCAAUUUAAAAAAAAAUUACAUAAAAUACGCAUGUGACAAAAAUAUUCAAAUUAUUGUAUUUUAUUUGAUACAAUUGGAACUUUCCAAUUUUAAGAAAUGAUUAAAAAUUAAAAUUAAAGUAAUUUAAUUAAAGAUAAAAACAAAUAGAUUGUUUGUUACUUCUUUCGUUCUGUUAUUUUUUUAUAUUGUUUAGCAUUAGCUGCCUUUGAUUUUGUAAUUUUUAGGAGCAAUUAUGUAACUAAACAUAUCAUUAGGAGUGAAUAUAAAUAGAGAUUUAUACAUAUAAAUGUUGUGUGGGUUCUUGAAAUUAUAAGUGAAGAUUUCCUCCUGUAUAUUUUUUGUCGGUUGUCAACGUGUCUACGUGAAUUUAUGUGAUAAAUGUUUAAGAAGCUUUCUUAUGCGAUCUGAAUACUCUUAGUGAGACAGCUUGCCCGACAAUUCUCCGCGUUUUUAUUUUACUUCAGAACUUCUUGUCAAGUGUUAUCAUUUAUAUCCGGUGCGCUUUAGAUGUAUUAAAUGUUGUAAUAAAUGUGUUGCUUCCAUUGCUUUGACCACUUUGUGGAAGAUAUUAAAACAGUGAUUUUUAAUACUAAACGACUAUAUUAUGUGAUUGUUUAUUAAAAAAAAAUAUCUUUAACAGUUAUUGUUUUUAUAGCAAAUUUGCUAAAUUACUAUUCAAUUCUUUUUUUAAAAUUCGUAACACUAUAGAUUAUAUUAAUUUGCUUUUGCCUUUCAUUUUAUAUAAAACAAAUAACAUGAAUUGUAUUUUUCGUUUCUUUUCUAUCCGUCUUAGAUUUAUCCAUAUAUAUGAAUAAAAAGAAAUAAAUGCUACCAGAGUGACAAAGUGCAAAAUUUUAUAGAAUAAUUUAUAGAAAAUACCCAGUUGAAUUGUAUAUAUCCGUAAUUUUUCAUAUUUUAUGCUGACGUGUGUAACAUUUCCUUAUUGAAAUAAUGAUUUUUUUCUGAUUCGUGUAAUAUUUUUGACCACUUCUAUACUAUUUUGAUUUCAACAUUUUUUUACUAUUUCAACUUAUCAACUGAUUCUUUCUGUCAAAACUGUACUGUCAGUACAUGUUGUCAGCGAUGACUUCCGGGGCCUUUACUGCUGGUGUCAAAGUCAUUCUGGGAGUUGAAAAGAAGGCAUAAGCAUAGGUCGAGGUUUCUUUACGUGAUAUAAUACGUAACAAAGUUAUGUAUAGUAAAAUAAGAGUACAUAGCUAAAUGGAAGUAGUAUUGGGCUGGCCAUAUAGAUAUGAAAACCGACAAUCGAUUAGAAAGAAAAUACUAUGAAGGUAUGUAGUGAGUUUUUUUUUUAUAGAAAUAGGGUAAGGUAUGGAGAAGGCAAUAUGACUUUAGCAGUAAAUUUCAAUAUUGCUGCAAUGAAGAUACUGAUGAUGUCGAAAGAAUUAUGAAACAUUAAAAAAAAAAACAUUAACUAUUUCAAUGGUUGGCAGUCAGUUUUCGUGUGUUUCAUCAGGAAUUUACUACCGCACACGACAACAUUGUAUUAUUUAUUGACUCCAGGUGUUUUCCUGACAGAUAUGAGGUAGGGACCUUUAAGAAUAGAGCCUACUUUUUUAUUCAUCACUAACCAUCAAGUUAGCCAUUUGCUUGAUUGCCUCCAUUUCUUUAAAAAUAUUUUAAGACUCUACACGAUGUCUUUUUAUCGUGAUUUUAAAUCGAUAGGUCAUAAUAGAAAAUCUUUAUAAAAAUGCUCAUGGUAGUUGCAUAACUGGGUAUUUUCUAACGAUAUUUGUAGCCGAAGCCAUUGCAUAUGAAUUUGAAGGUAAUUUAACAAUUAACUAUAUUUUCUAUAUCGAUGAAGAAAUUUAUGCAGGCUAAUGAUGUCUUCCUAAACGCUAUACACUCUUAAUAAUCUUUAAGUGUAUUGUAUUUUAGAUUUAAAAAAAAAAUAGUUAAAUAGGUUACGAUAUGAGAUUACUUAUGACACAAUUAGGUUUAACGGAACUAAGUAUGUGUGUUUACGUCGUUUUGCUUUUUUACUACGACUGCUGCUAUAAUGAGACUUUUGCUGUCAAUUAUUCGUAUUUAUUAAACGAUCAGGACAACUUGCUUUUAAUUGUUGUCGCUAUACAGAUACAGUUACAUUUGCGUUUGUAAAAUUGAACUUUAAUUUUGAAAUUAAAGUUUAAUUCUCUUUAAAAAUUUUGACUCAAAUUCGGCAGCACUACAUGAAGAAAUAUUUUAUUUGUGUUCUGCAUGUGCAUAAUACUUGAUCGUUUGCCAUUUUUGUGAAAAAUAAGCAAACGUUAAACGAUUGUGUUGUCUUAAUUUUUCAUAUUACUUUUUUAUGGUAUAAAUUUUUGUCUACUAUUUUCUAAAAUGUAAAAUAAGUUAAGAACACUUCUUCAUAUGAAUUGUGUAAAAAUAAAUAUUUUAAAAAUUAAAUUAUGCUGAUAGACAAUGAUUUGUAUUUGAGAAGGAAAAACUUGUGUUUAAUUAUUAAAAUAGCCGAGCUAUAUGUAGCUAUGUGAGUAAAUGUUUAUAAUUGCGUGUUUAACAUGUACGCAGCUACUGUGCUGAGUUUGUAUGAAAAUGUCUAAUAUUUACAAAAUGUGAAAUUUUAUCUCUUUAUAAAAUAAAUGUAUUACACGUUCGAUUUACACAUGG